CAUCGUGAUCCUGGUUUCCUAGAAAAGAUCACUCUUUUUCUCCUAACAUGAGUUGUUUUGGAGGCCGGAUGUCUGAGUAUAGGUUUUUGUCAAUCGACAGAUUUGACGGAGAAAAUCUGGAGUCCUGGGCGUUCUUUCUUUCGCAUGCACACAGAGAUCACAUGGUUGGGUUGGAUAGUCCAGGCUUCCUGUCUAGAUUGAAGUCCAGCCUAAAAACUCGACUGUACUGCUCAGAGAUCACCAAGGCCUUACUACUGACGGAAAAACAAUUUAAACCACUGGAACCAUUUAUUGAAACUUUAACAGUUGACACACCCACAAGUCUGACAGUUACAGAUGAAGUUACAGGGAAGGAACACAGCCUACUGGUAACCCUUCUACAGGCAGGGCACUGUCCUGGCUCUGUCAUGUUUUUGUUUGAGGGUACAGAAGGUACAGUACUGUAUACAGGAGACUUCAGACUACCCGUGGGGAGUGCUGCACAGUUUCUACAUCUACAUCAGGGAGGAAGACCAAAGGACAUCCAGAGCCUGUAUGUUGACACCACAUUCCUAGUCCCAGAGGCAAAGUACAUUCCAUCCAGGGAAGACUGCUGCACUGCCUUGAUCAAUCUCGUGCAAAGCUGGAUCAGCAGAGGUUCCCACUAUGUGGUGAGGCUGAACUGUAAGGCAAAGUACGGCUACGAGUACCUCUUCAUAGAACUCUGCAGGAGGUUUCAUAUGAAGGUACAUGUGAAUGAUCCCAGUAUCUACCAGGAGGUCCCCGAAAUCUUCCAGUGUCUGACCUCUGACCCCAGCGAGACACAGAUCCAUGCCUGCAGAUGGCUGGAGAGGUACCAGAAGGGUAGGCACCACCCGCUGCCCUGUAAGUACCGCCCCCCUCCCCCACAUGAGCUGGAGGUCAUGAGUGUCACUCCCUCCACCAUGUGGUUCACGGCUUACGCAGGGCCUGGGGACGUCGUCAGAAAAAUCUCCAGACACCAUCACAGAGUGUGUUUUUCCUUCCAUUCUUCCUACACUGAGAUCCGAGACUUUGUGGGGUACGUCCGACCGAAAACAAUUCAUGCUAAUGUGGCGCCUGUAGGCUCAACGUUACAGGAAGCUGAGGACAGGUUACGAGACCUGACCAGGAGUGUCCAGGCUGACUCGUCUUUAGUGUCCUACAAGCCACUCGGGUCCCUCAGACUGCAGAGAGCAGCUCUGAAGAGGAAGAAACAAGGUGAUCCAUCUCCAGUUUGGACCGGUUCCAAGCGGUUCGAACCAGUUUUAUAUAUACUCGAGCAACAACUCGUGACUGGAAUAUCCGCAUCUAUACAUCAUGAUCAAUCUGAAGUCUUUAGAACUGUCAGAGAGCAGUCUAUGCACUGCAUGCAACGAAGACCCCGAUAGAACCACCGUGAUAGAACAUGCACC